AUGUACGGCGCCUAUUUCGGCGACGAAAUCCUUGACCUUCGCCUUACGGCGAUCGCCAGCGACCCGUCGCCUGCGACGUCGCUGCACCUGCCCCCCACCUGCGAAAUCUGCAGCGACGUCGUCGGCUUAUCGUCGUCGCCGGUGGACGAUGACGGGCGACGGCGGCCGUUCGUCGCAUGCUCUCGCUGCGGCCUCUCCUUCCCCAUCUGCCGCGCGUGCGUCGCGUACGAGCGUAAGCACGGUGCGAACGCGUGCCUCAACUGUAACCUUCCGUACGACUGUAGCGAAGGGAGUGAUUGCAACGAAGCGAGUGACUGCAACUCAUCGUUUCUCGACGCGGAAACGCGUCGCUGUGGCGCUGCUGCCGCAGCUGCCCCUGCUGCCGCUGCUAGAGCUGCUAGUCCCGGGGAGCAGCAGGGGGCGGACGGGUGGGAGCUUCAUGGAUUGGAGAGUGAGGGAUCCUGGGCCGGCAGCAGUGGGCGAGAGCGCGCGUCCGACGGUGAUGCUCACUCCGCGACCGCGGAGAGGGCGGCGCGGGCGGAAGGCGCGGGGCGGGCGGCAGAGGCGGAGCGGGCGGAGAGGGAUGCGACAGCAGGUGCUGCUGCUGCUGCUGUUCCCGCCACGGGGUUCGGUGCUUCAGUGGCUAGUAUGGAGGGCGCGAGGCAGGGAGAGGCGGUUCGUUUCCGGUGGCAGCUUCAGCAGCAGGAGGAGAAGCAGCAGCAGCAAUCGUGGGGUUAUGCCUGGAAACAACAACACCUGCCCGCACACCUGCCCGGAGAUCUGCCCGCUCGCCUGACCGCCUCCGCCUCACAACCCACUCUAUCCUCCUCCACCACCUCCUCCUCCUCCUCCUCCUCUUCCUCCUCUGCCUCCUCUGCUUCCUCUUCCUCCUCUGCUUCAACCUUUCCUUACCCGCGCGGCCGCAACUUAUCCCCCUCCGCCUCCCCCUCAGUCCCCCCCUCCCCAUGGGCGGCAAACCACUCCCCCUGCACUCCCCUUCCGCCUUCCCCUUACAUGCUCCGCGGAUUAUCCUCCCCCUCCUCCCCUUACACCCCCCCCUAUCCCCCCUUGGUGCAUCUCCCCGCUCCUGCUCUUCCUAAUACUGCUAUGCUUCUCACCACACCCAAUCUUUCUGCUGCUUCUUCCCCCUAUCUCCCCACCCACAUUCCCAAUGAGUCUGCUCAUAACGCACUUGCCCCGUACCGAUCCCAGUCCCAUCUCGCCCUGCUUCUACCCACCGACGCUGGGACCAACAAGCUCGUCACUGUUAACGAGCCGUGCUAUAACGGAUCGGAUCCCCCCCUUACCACAGCCAACACCCUCCUUUCCAUACUCGCUAUGGACUACCCCACUGACCGCGUAUCGUGCUAUCUCUCCGACGAGGGCGCUUCUCUGCUGACCUUCCAAAUGGUGCUGCUGGGUCCCAGUGGUGGGGGUGCUGGUGGGAGUGCUGGUGGGGGUGGUGCUGCCGCUGGCUCUGCUGCUGCUGCUGCUGCUGUUGGUGGUGCGGCGGGUGAAUUUGAGAAGGGAAUGGAAAGGAGCGCCGAGAAGAGAUCUGGGGUAACAGGGAACGGAACGGCGAGCAGAACCGAGAAGGGGACAGAGAAGGCAGCAGAAGAGGGAGCAGACAAGGACGAUAAGGGAGCAACGGAAGCAAAUGAGCUUGCCAGGGGGACCGCAGCAGCAGGAGCAGCAGGAGCAGAGGAGGGUAUCAGCCUACCUCGCCUGGUAUAUGUGGCACGGGAGAAGCGGCCGGGUUACAACGAGCACGGCACAGCAGGGGCACUGAACGCCCUUCUGCGCGUCUCUGCUCUGCUCUCCAACGCGCCCUUCCUCCUCAUCCUAGCCGCCAACCACUAUGUCAACAACGCAGCGGCUCUUAGAGAGGCUAUGUGCUUUCUCAUGGAUGGGAGUGGGAGCGCGGGCACGGGUGGGAGCAGGAGCGCGGGCGCGGGUGCGGGUGGGGGAGAGGGGGAUGGGAUGGGGGGAGGGGUGGGGAAUAAGUGCUGCUUCGUGCAGUUCCCUCUGCGGUUUGAUGGUGUGGAUGAGAGCGACCGAUACGACAACCACAACACUGUGUUCUACGAUCUGCAAAUGCCUGCUCUGGACGCCGACCCACACACCACUGCAGCUACAGCUGCUACAGCCGGUAGAGGCUAUGAGGAGGAUACAGAGGACACGGAGGCUACCCCUCUGACGGAGACGAAGCGGUAUGAGCGAAGGUUCGGCAAGUCCCCUCUGCUCAUCCUCUCCUCGUUCCACGACGCACGAUUCACACCCGCAGCGAGAACAGCACUUGCAGUGGGACGAGGAGCAGGAGUGACAGGAGGCGCAGGAGGAGGAGGGGGAGGAGGAUCAGGAGGAGCGGCAGCAACACAACGCUCCUCGUCAGGCACAUGGAGCAGCACUGCACUCGUCUCCCAGGGAACUCUGCUUAAAGAGACCAUCCGGGUGCUCUCCUGUGGGUACGAGGAUCUCACGGACUGGGGCAAGCACGUAGGGUGGCUGUAUCACAGCAACGCUUUCACCCACCCGCUUCUUACUGGUCUUACCCUCCACUCUCGAGGCUGGCGGUCCGUCUACUGCUGCCCGCCCCGCCCUGCUGUCAUCGCCUCCUCCUCUUUCUCCCUUUCCUCGCCCCCGUCCACUUCCACUUCCUCCUCCUCCUCCUCCGCUUCCCCUGCUUCUUCAGCACAUCUCAACCUCUCGGACCGCCUACACCAAGUCCUUCUCUCAUCCAUCGGAGCGACUGAGCUCGCUCUCUCUUCUCGCUCCCCAGUCUGGUUCGGCCUCCAUCAUGGCCACUUGAAGCUGCUGCAAAGAAUCGCCUACAUCAACACCGUCCUCUCUCCCUUCACCUCGGUCCCUCUCCUCAUCUACUGCCUCCUCCCAGGCCUCUGCCUCCUCUUUAACUCCUUCAUUCUCCCUAAGAUCACCACCACUGCAGUGCUCUAUCUACUGGCUCUUCUCGCGGUGGUCAUGGGGACUAGUGUUUUGGAAGUGCAGUGGAGUGGGGUUACGCUAACGGACCUGUGGAGGGCAGAGCAGUUCUGGGUGGUUGGCGGUGUGUCUGCACAUCUCUUUGCCGUUGUGCAAGGGGUUCUGAAGGUCGUUGCUGGGAUCGACACCAGCGUCGCAGUGAAAGAGAAUCCAAAUUCUGUGGCUGCUGCUGGUUCUGCUGGUGAUGAUAAGGAUGGGGAGCAUUCUGAACUGUACACCUUCAAGUGGACUGCUCUCCUCCUCCCGCCUGCCUUGGUGGUGGGUUUCAAUGCAGCUGGGAUCGUUGUGGGUAUCGCCCAGGGUCUGAACGGAGGAUUAAGUGCGUGGGGAAUGAUGCUCAUACGGGUGGCCUUUGCCCUGUGGGUUAUCAUGCAUCUACACCCUUUAAUUAAGGGUUUCUUUGGUAAGGAGAGGAGACUGCCUCCUCUUGUUCUGAUAUGGGGAGUCCUGCUGUCAUCGGUGCUGACGCUGCUGUGGGUGAACAUAGAUCCGUUUGGGUAUCACUUCAAAGGGCCUGACCCUGUUCUCUGUGGUAUUCGCUGUUAG